AGUGUUGUGACUUGUUUAGGAGACACGACCCCCGUCCCUGACACCUAAGCCCAAAUGGCAGGCCUUCAUCAAUGUUGAUCCGCAUUACUGCCUGCUGAGGUCGACCUACCAAAGUCACUAUGACUCCCAGGCCCCGCUACGCUCCUCCCAAGUCAGGAAAGGGUCUCAAACUGCUCAGCCUAGACGCCCUAAGAUUGCUACGGUUGCGCAUCUUCAGAACACCGAAGCUAAAUUCGAGGGUGACCCAGCUAGGGGCGACAAGCUUGCUGCGCUGUGGGCACUUCAAACCCGCUGGAUGUGCUCAAAGCAUCACCAAAGCAUCUGCUACAUUCAUCCUCUCAGUGGAGUCCAUCGCCGUGUCAAAUACAUGCAUCAAGACCGCUGAACGAUUGCUGUUGUCAAGCUUGGUUCUACGGUCACCAUCGAAAGGCCUCCCAUUUCAGACUCAGUCUUCAAGGACUUUCAUGAAGUAUUUCAGCGAGCGGAUAUACCGGCUAGUACAGCCGAUUCCCGUCCCAUCUCAGCAAGGUAUCCAAUGCUACCUACUCCGCUGUCUGUGGACAUGGUGCAUCCAUUUAGGCAAGGCACCCCAGCCCCCAACCCCAUGAGAGGCUCCAGCCCUCUUAUGGGACCAGCAACAGACCCUAUCCUGGCCUUCCUAGCCCUUCAAUGAAGUUCUUUGGAGGUCUUUUGACGGGAGGGUAUGCAAGAUUGCGCGCACCUGCAGUGAAUUGUGUCAAGAAUUCUGCACUUAGCUGUAAAGUCUCCCCGGCCGACGCACCCCC